CUCAAGCCAUCACACUACUACCAGAUCGAGUAACCAUUAGGGACCAUCGAUUCACGUGGACGUAGUGAAUAUGGUCCUUGUAAAUUAAUGAGUACGUAAUUGUCCUCAUUCACAUAUCGAUCGGUUCCACAGACAGACCUUUCCUGUAUAAAAUUCGACAUCUUUCCUCUCAUUAUUAUCUCUACACUUCUCAUCUCUCAAUCCCAUUCGCUUAUUGUUUAUCCAUAUGGGAAAGGUUCUUGAGAAGAAGGCGUUUGGAUUGGCCGUGAAAGACGAAUCUGGAAUUCUUUCGCCUUUCAGUUUCUCUAGAAGGGAGACGGGAGAAAAGGAUGUGAGGUUCAAAGUCUUGUUCUGUGGAAUUUGCCACACUGAUCUGAGUAUGGCCAAAAACGAAUGGGGAUUUACUACUUAUCCUCUUGUCCCUGGGCAUGAGAUUGUUGGGGUGGUGACUGAAGUUGGAGCCAAAGUGACCAAAUACAACGCUGGAGACAAAGUCGGAGUUGGCUAUAUGGCUGGCUCAUGCCGGUCAUGUGACAGCUGCAGCGAUGGCGAAGAGAACUACUGUCCAAAGAUGGUCCUGACAUCCGGAGCCAAAGAUUAUGACGAUACCAUGACCCAUGGUGGUUACUCCGACCACAUGGUGUGUGCUGAGGAUUUCAUCAUCCGUAUUCCUGAAAAUCUCCCAUUAGACGGUGCCGCACCACUACUCUGUGCCGGGGUCACGGUCUACUCCCCGAUGAAGUAUCACGGGCUCGACAAGCCCGGUAUGCACAUUGGUGUGGUGGGACUAGGCGGUUUGGGUCAUGUAGCAGUGAAAUUUGCUAAGGCUAUGGGUACUAAAGUUACGGUUAUUAGUACUUCAGAGCGUAAGAGAGACGAGGCCGUUAAUCGGCUUGGUGCGGAUGCCUUCUUGGUGAGCCGUGACCCGAAACAAAUGGAGGAUGCAGUGGGGACUAUGGAUGGUAUAAUUGAUACCGUAUCUGCAACCCAUCCGCUUCUUCCGCUGCUUGGUUUGCUUAAAAAUAAGGGAAAACUUGUUAUGGUUGGUGCACCAGCGGAACCGCUCGAGCUCCCUGUUAUGCCUCUCAUCUUUGGGCGGAAGACGGUGGUGGGAAGUAUGGUAGGAGGUAUAAAGGAGACGCAAGAGAUGGUGGACUUGGCUGGAAAACACAACAUCACGGCGGAUAUUGAGCUCAUCUCUGCGGAUUAUGUCAACACCGCCAUGGAACGACUUGCAAAGGCUGAUGUUAAGUACCGAUUUGUGAUUGAUGUUGCCAAUACAAUGAAGCCAACUUCUUAAUUAGAAAGCUAAAGAAUUGAAUUUCCCCAAAGCUUUUUUCAUGUUUUUUGCUUGUUUGGUUGAUGUUGUUUGCUGACGACUUUUUGAGUAGUACUACCAAUGCAUGUACUUUAUCAAUUCAAUAAACUUGAAUAUUGUAUUUAAUAAGCUAUAUAUAUGAUUAGAUUUUGGGGAAGUUUA